ACUUAUAUAAAUUCAUUAAGGAAACCGUGUUCUCAUAAUCAUUUCCUUAAACUCUUUUCUAUAUAGCUUUGAAGGCAUAUAUUCAAAAUCAUCCAUCAUCAUUCCAAUAUAUAUUUUCAAAUUAAUUAAUCUUAUAUAUCUUUAAUUCUGGAGACAGCAGCUGAUCAUUAUAAAUGGGUAAAGCAAGUGGAAGGUCUUUGGAAGAGACUCCUACAUGGGCAGUAGCUACCGUCUGUUUUGUGUUGAUCGUAAUCUCCAUCAUUAUCGAACAGACCAUCGAAAAGAUCGGUCAUUGGUUAAAGAAGAAACACAAAAAUGGUCUAUAUGAAUCACUACAAAAGAUCAAAGCAGAGCUUAUGCUGCUAGGAUUCAUAUCGUUGCUACUAACGGUAGGAACAACUCAGAUCACAAGAAUAUGUAUAUCAGAAAGUGCAGCUUCCAGCUGGCUUCCAUGCAGCCAGCUGGAGAUUGAUGAAGACAAAAAGGAUGAUACUACUAGUGAUGAAGAAAUAGAGAAUCGUCGCCGUAGAUUACUAGGUUGGUCGUCGGAGAUGAUGCUGCAGGGUGACCGUCGCAUGUUGGGAGAAAGCAGUAGUCGUAGUGGCGGCGACACAUGUGAAGAGCAGGGAAAAGUGUCGUUUAUGUCAUACGACGGGGUUCACCAGCUUCAUAUAUUCAUCUUUGUGUUGACUGUAUCUCAUGUUUUUUACUGCGUUCUCACCAUGGCUUUAGGUAGAUUGAAGAUGAGAAAUUGGAAGCGGUGGGAAUCGGAAAUAAAAACACCUGAGUAUCAAUUCUCUCAUGAUUCAAAAAGAUUCAGAUUUACAAGAGAUACAUCUUUUGGAAGAAGACACAUGAGUUCUUGGAGCAAGUCUCCCAUCUUACUUUGGAUUGUUUGUUUCUAUAGACAAUUUGUUAGAUCAGUGCCCAAAGUUGACUACUUGACAUUGAGGCAUGGAUUCAUCAUUGCGCAUUUGGCACCCCAUAGCCACUCAAGCUUCGAUUUUGCAAGUUACAUUAACAGAUCACUUGAAGAAGAUUUCAAGGUGGUUGUGGAAAUCAGCCCGCCGAUUUGGUUAUUUGCUGUCGCUUUCUUGCUCUUCAGUACUCAUGGAUGGUAUUCUUAUCUAUGGCUACCCUUUGUCCCCCUGAUUAUAGUGUUGAUUGUGGGGACAAAAUUACAAGUGAUUAUCACGAAAAUGGGCUUAAAGUUCCAAGAUAGAGGAGUGGUCAUUAAGGGUGAACCAGUGGUUCAGCCUGGUGAUGAUCUCUUUUGGUUCAAUCGCCCCCGUUUACUUCUCCACCUCCUCAAUUUUGUCCUCUUUCAGAAUGCAUUUCAGUUUGCCUUCUUCUCCUGGACUUCGUACCAAUUUGGAUUGAACUCGUGUUUUCAUGAGCACACCGAGGAUAUUAUCAUCAGAAUCACAAUGGGGGUAACAAUUCAGAUCCUGUGCAGUUAUGUAACUCUUCCUCUAUAUGCCCUUGUCACGCAGAUGGGAUCCACAAUGAGACCGACGGUAUUCAAUGAAAGAGUAGCGACUGCAAUAAGAAGAUGGCACCACACCGCAAGAAAGAACAUUAAAGAAAACAAGAAAUCAUCAGGCCAAAUGACCCCAAUGUCAAGUAGGCCUGGGACACCAUCCAAUGUUGACAGUUUGUCCCCGGUCCACCUCUUAGGUCACUAUCGUACCAAUAUGGACAACCUUCAAAUCUCCUCACCCAGAUUAAGUGAAUAUUUAGACCCUGAUGGUUCAUCCUCACCUACCUACCCCAUCAGUAGAGAGCCUUCAUUUUAUCAUGAGAUUGAGCUAAGCUACAUAGAUGAGGCUAUAGACCAACAAGACCACGAGCCUGGUUCAUCACAAGUGGCAUUGUAUGAAAUUGCUCCUAUUGAAAGGCAACAGGCCGAGGUUACAGUACGUGUUUCAAAAGAUUUUUCAUUUGACAAAAGACCAAAUACAGUAGUAUAUGAUUAAAAUGUUAGAUGGGGAGUAUGAUCAAUAUUUUGAUCGUAAUCCAGCUACCAAACCACAUCCGAUAUUGAAAAUUUUGUAAUUCAUUUACCAAUAGAGAUAUCCUUUUGUAUGUA